GAGCGAGACUGUGGUUCUCUCUGCUCUCAGGGAGCACAGCAGAGCGAGUGUUGGCUGUCUCAGAAGAGGACAAGCUGCACUGAGGUGUCCCUACAGCCAUAGAAGAUGCAGUUGAAGCCAAGACCACCAAGAAUCAGCCUCACAGACAGAAAGCGGUUUUCCAUGAAACAUUUCAGCAGCCAGGCAUAGUGCUGAUUUGCAAUUCCCAGUAGCAGCAUUUGUCAAGACACAAAUGUUGUUCAACCAACUUCUUGCAAAACUUUUUUGAUGAAUAUUGUCAUGAUUAUGAAUGGAAAUGCUGUUGUGGUUGAGUCACAGGAAAGCUAUGGUUCAGGCCCAUCAAGAACAGCAAACAGUCACGUAAAUUAGCAGCUAAGGCAGAGGAAAUAUUGGGAGAGAAAUAGACAGAGGGAUCACAUGUGGCCAAGCUCUUAAGUCACAUUUGAUCAUGGAGACAUUGAUAUUAGAUUGUAUGCACCUUAAUAAAUUGGAGCAUCCAAACACUGAGUAAACAUAUGUAAUAGCGUCAUAUGUGAGCCUGAGGCAUCUCAUAUGAAUGUCCUGUUUGCAAAAAAGUGAGACCUCUCAUCUAGUUUAAAACUGGAAAAAAAAAAAAAAUGCAACGAUUGUUUGCAUAAAGCUCCAGCAGUGAUGUCAUCAGAUGGAUGGAUGUCUCCAGUGAAGCACCAGUGAUAAUGUUGUCACAAGUGAUGCUGGGUGUUACCCUGUCCCUCUUCAUCCUUCUGACUGUCAGUGGUAAUGUGCUGGUGUGCCUGGCUGUCUGCGCCUCUCGACGCCUCCGCUGCUUCACCAACUGCUUCAUCGUGUCUCUGGCGGUGACAGACUUGCUGCUCGGCCUCGUGGUCCUCCCUUUCUCUGCUCUCCUCCAGCUUAACAACGAGUGGCCGCUCGGCCCAGCCUUCUGCAACUUCUACAUCUCCAUGGAUGUCAUGCUGUGCACAGCCUCCAUUCUCACCCUCCUGGCCAUCAGCAUUGACCGAUACCUGGCAGUGACUAGGCCUCUGAGAUACGCCUCACUGGUGUUACCAUGGAGAGUUGCUGUGGCCAUGGCCAGUGUUUGGGCAGUGUCUGUGGCCGUGUCUUUCUUGCCCAUCCAAAUGGGGUGGAACACUGUUAAUGGGACAGUGCAGAACCACGGGCCUGGGGCUCAAGAGGGGAAAUGUCGCUUUGAGCUGAACAGACCCUACGUACUGACAGACUCUCUUCUCACUUUCUACCUGCCUCUGGUGGCUAUGUGCUGUACCUACCUCCGAAUACUUCGCAUUGCACGGGCACAGGCCAAACGAAUUAUCAGUGCCCGGCCCACAUGCAUCACCAGCAACAACUGCCGGAACAAUCCUUCCACCAGUACCACUGUGGUUUCCAGUGUUACAGCAGUGGCUCUGCGGGAGCACAAAGCCACAGUGACACUGGCAGCAGUGAUUGGGGCUUUUGUGGUGUGUUGGCUGCCGUAUUUCAUCCUGUUCACAGUGUUGGGUCUAAAUGAGCAUCCAGAUCCAAGCUCUGUACCAGAAUUCUCCAUUGUGUUGUGGCUGGGUUACGCCAACUCGGCCAUCAACCCUAUCCUCUAUGGAGCCCUCAACAGGGACUUCAGGUCAGCCUACUCCCGUCUACUGAAAUGCCGAUGCCCUACCUACAGUGGGUGGAGGAGCCGACAGCCGUCUCCCACUGUGACAGCAGCCAGAGACCAGUUUACAGAGGUGACACUGCUGUGUGGCCACACCCCUGCCACCUGCAGGGCAGGUCUAACAGAGCAAAACCUAAUGCUUCAAGAAAUGAACAGCGCGACAGCCACAGCAACUAUUCAAUUUGCAAAUGGCACUGCUGCCACCGAUGUCAAUGGCAAUGAGAGGUCAUGCUGAGCCUGUGCUGGUGAGGUGGGUGCUUUGUUGACUUUUCUGCAGUUGCAACCAAGAACCAGAAUCCAUCAGCCUUAGAAGAAAGAUGGAUGGAGAUUUACAGCCCCUCUAUUUGGAAGCCUUCAUUGCCGCAGUAGAAGCACCCUAACACACCACCAACCACUCAAUCUAUAAUUCAACGAACAAAAAUGGGAGAAAAUGGAACCUCAGCAACUCCACACCUCAUCAGCAAGAACCAACUGUACGCACACAGCUGACCUCUACCUGUCCAGGAGCGAACAAAUGAUGAUGCUUCUACGUAGAAAUGGUCUAACAAAAUCCUUCCACUGCAUCCAACCAUCACACAGGACAACACGUGGCCCAAAUAUGCUCUCGAACUAACUGUGGAUAGUAUUAAAGACCAGCCGAUUAACUUGUUGGUCAUCAACUUCAUAAACUAUAUUUUUUAUGCUGACUCAAGAGUGCACUCCAGUGGAAACACAACGUAUCACAACUUCAACCUGGAUAAAGUAAUUGGAAAUAGAUGUUUGACAAAAUUAGAGAAUGGAGAGUGUAGAAUAUUAGCAGUUAAAGUUAUAUUUGUGGCUCUUCAAGGGAAAAAGGUGAUGAAUGGACUUACACUUACGUCUUUAUGUAGAAUGUGUCGAAAUGUGUCACAUGUGAACAUGGGUAUUAAAAGUAUUCACAUUCAUUACUCAGGUAGAAGUA